AUGGAGGCGCAAAGUGGAGAUGGGGUCCCCGGGGGGCAGCCUGACGCUGCCCUUGGGGCUGUGGAUGCUACUUCCAUCUUGCCCUAUUUCCUCAAGGAGAUGCAGCGACAAGACCGCAGUACGUCGGUCCCCCAGGAGCAGACAGUGGGGCGGGGGCGACGCACUGUGCGCAUUCCAUCCUUGAACGGGGGCCAGCCGGGUCCUCAGAGUCGGCCGCGUGUUGAGGGGCGGAGGGGCCCAUCAACUGCGCUUCCGUUGCAAAAUGCACAGACUUGGCGAAAAAUUGACGGAAAUUCAGUUAAAGGGGAGUGGCUGGCCGCCUCUCUUGAUUCCAUUGUCAAGUCAUCAGACGCUGUGCCACUGUUGAACCACCUGCGGCUGCUGACUUCUCGCUUGUUCAGCGAAAAUCAGUGGCUAAAAGCACAAGCCCAGCAGAAGGCUAAUGGGACUCGCCAGAACGUGCAGCAGGAGAAGCAACAGCCCAGGCAAAUAGCGCACGAACAGGAGGCAGCAAGUCUGAUGCGAAGGAUUAUGGAGGAAAAUUCCUACUUACAGAGUUUCGUAAGUUCGAAUGCGCGAGUUUUGCAGAGUUCAGAGCUGGCAAAGGCUCAGAAAGAGCGCGCUGAGGCUCUAGAGAGCAACAGGAGAUUGCAGAAGCAGGCAGAAAGAGACCGACAGGUCAUUGUAGAGUUGGAGUUGAAGAGCCGCACCUUCGCUGACGCGUAUGCAUGGCUUACCAGCCACACCAGAAUGAUACACGCCAAAGAUGCACCAGCCCUCGUGGCGCUCUGGCGCGCGAGAAUGGCAACAGCAAGCGCUAUGGAGAAGGGGAGCGUAGUGCCAGAAUUCACCAAGGACUUGGCAAGGGCCUAUGCAGUUGCGGACUCAGAGGGAGAUGCGGAGACAUGCUCUGAAGACGGGAGCGACAAGAAGAUAAGGGAGGCGCGGUUAAUGGCUGCAGAGCUGAGAGAAGCUGAAGCAGUGAGUGAAGCGCGGCAUGCCCAGACGCAGGCCUUGCUGGCGGAGGAACGCGCGAUCGCAGCGGAGCAACGCCUUUCUGCUGCUCAAAAUGAGCUAAAGGAGCUCAAGAGGGUUGUCGGGGAGGCCCCGUCAACCUGCAACAGCGCGUCACACAGUGCGACAGGUGGGGAGCAGAGACUCAGCGCGGCUCUCAUUGAGAGUCAGAAGAGGGCAGAAGCUGCCGAAGAAGAAUGCAGUAAACUUAGAGGACACUUGGAAGAGCUCCAGAGUGCUCUUGAUGCUGCCGCAUCAGAGAAAAACAGUCUCGAGAAGGAGAAGGCAGAGGCGCUGCUUGCUGCUGAGACCAAGCUGAGUACCUUGUCGGCACACCACGCAGAGGCCAUUGAACAGUUGCAAGCUAAGCACGCCCAAGAGAUUGAGGCGAUGAAAUGCUCCGCUCAGGAGGCGACACAACUGAGGAAGGAAGUUGAAGAUAUGCACCAGCAGUGUGCAGAAUUGAGCUCCAAGCUGGCUGCAAGGAAUGCGAAGGCUGGCGAGGGGCUUGUAAGAGCAGUAUCACCACAGAGUAUCGGCUCCCCUACGGCUUCUGAUAUAUCUACGCUUACCUCGGAGCGAGACAGCUACAAGGCCAUGGCGUUAAGGCUAGAGAUGGACAUCAAACGCCUUCACGCUAAAGCAGCAGAGGUAGCGCAGCUGGAGAAGACGGUUGCCGCUUUAAACGCAAAACUGUUGGCGGGCGAGGAACUCAAGAAGGCGUACGAAAAUCUUCAAAGCGAAACCCAGCGCCUCAGAAGUAAAGUAGGGCCGAGCAAAAUUGCUGCCAAUGGAAUGAUUGAGCCCAAAACUGAGACAGCUGUUAGUGAUAAUGCGGCACUGAUCAACGAGCGAGAUAGUCUGAAUGCAAGAAUCAUAGAUCUAGAAGAACAGGUGGUGAACUUGCAAAAAGAAAACGAGUCUUUAAGAAUUCAGGUUGCUGGCUUCAAGAUGGCAUCGUGCAAGGCCCUUGAAACAAAUGGCAGCGUUGGGCCAGCGCCAACCUCUGACAAAGUAUCUGAAGAGCGGGACAUUUUGAAAACAAGGGUUAGGUUACUUGAGGAACAACUCGCUGCCUUCAACAGCAACGUGGAAGGCGCCACUCAGGAGUCAUCGGAAUCAAAAUGCAUCUCACCUUCCAAGUCAUCCUCAGAGACCGUGAAGUCUUCACAGUCGGACAAGCUACAAGCGCCGGUGCCGAAGCGUAGCUUGGGUCUCUCUUUCGCUGACGCAGCACUUAAUUCAGACACUUACAUUCCUUCAGAAGAGGUGGGUGCAAACCGGCCAUCCAGAGUCUCGGAACUUAGUCCCACCAAAGCGAGAAUCGGGGUCUUCCCCGCGGGGCUGUCUGAAGGCAUGCCGGCGGCCGCUCCAUCCAGUGCAGAUACUGUCCCUCCUGAAAAGAAGUAUGCGGCCGAGACUGCGCUGCCAAAGAAAUUAGUGGUUCCCAUGGGUGGGAAGACGCUGCCUAACGGAGAGCCGAAGAUACCAACUGAGGCGCACCCCGCGGAAACUGUAGGCAGAGGUGAGUCUACUGUUCUUGUGUCUCAACCUGGUGAUGAAGCUUCGCCAUUAAAAAGUUCAGGGCCCCCAGCUUCAAGGAAGCAGCCGAGUGUAUUGCCAUCGAAACCAGUGAAGGCAUCCGUUGCAAAGCCUUCACAGGACACAUCGACACGGCGUCAAAGCCAGCACCGCGCAGACAGUGAAGUCGAGGGUGCCUCGUCAAAGACUGUAGGGCUCUCAGAGGGCAAGGAGCUGCUGAAGACGUUGCCAAUGAAGGUCAUGAAUGCCACGCUAUCGGCGCCUUCACUGCAGGGUUCCACUACUCUUGUUGAAGAACAAGCGGUGGUGGAGGCUGAGGCUGUGCCUGCUAUGCAGCUGGGACGAGUUGUGGGUAAGAAGUUGCCUGGAACGCUGCAGUCAUCGGUACCCAGCGCACUGUCUGCAGAUUCAGUUGUUUCAGGGAAAGCCAAUGAAACUACAGAAGGACCAGCAACUUGCGCGACUACGGCCAGUGCCGCUCUAGCUAAGGGACCUGUUGCCUCUGUAAAGGAAGCAAAGAUUUCCUCGGUCGGAGUAACCAAGAGGCCUACCGAGGCGACUAAGGUCCCAGCUCCUCCGAAAAAGGCUCCUCCAGUGGAGUUUGCAGUGCUGCCUGAGGAGAUAUUUUCCAAAGAGGCGAAAGAGAGGCUAGAGAGAGAAAUGGCUAACUUGCGCAAGCAGGUCGCGGCAGGAGAGGAGUUGAAAGCGACUAAUGAAGCGUUGCAGAGGGAGAACGAGGAUUUACAGGCUAGGCUUAAGGCAGCUGCAGGCACUUCAAAGCGUCCAGGACCCCCCAGUGAAGGGAACGACCGUGUUGAGUUACCUGGCUCCGCCCCUCCAGCCUCCUCUGGAAACUACGCAGAGGUAGUUAAGCAACGCGACAGCUUGUCAGAAAAAGUAAAGGCACUGGAGCAGGAGCUGUUGAGCAUAGUAGGUGCUCAGAAGGCGCCCUCAUCUAGUUCUGAAAGUCAGGAGGAGGCUGCUCCUGCAACCAAAAUGCCUCUCUCGUGCAAAGAUGGUUCUCAUUCCUCGACUACCCUAAGGAAAGCACCAGCACAAGAAGUCUCAACAGCCGGUGAAGAACCUGCAGCUGCAACUGCGCAGGCGCGGGCUAAACAUGACAGUCUUCAGCAGGAAGUUAUCACGCUGAGGCAACAGCUUCUCGCCCUUCAGAAACUCAAGGAUGAAAACGCAGCGCUCACGGAGGAGGCCGACAAACUUCGAAAGGAGAAUGCACUGUUGAAAAAGCAGAUUGGGGAGUUGAAGGCACUUCCGGCAAUCACCGCUCGGGCGAGCAGCAGCCACGAAGCACCAAUGGCUGAUGGAAUUGUUGAGGUAACUAAGGAUCGAGAAAGUUUGAGCAGGCAGGUGAUAGCCGUUGAGGAAGAACUUGCGGCCCCACGCACCGUGGCACAGAACUAUGUAGAUGAACGGGAGGAGCCAAAGACUACCGCAAAUAUGACAUCUUCCACCGAGCGUUUGCCUGUGCCACAUACCAAAAAACCGCCAUUGCCUAUGUCGAAGCCUCGGAAGACGCUAUCUGUUACAACUAAUGACCAAGGCACUUCCAUUGACGAUGAGGCAACAGAGCAGAUUGUGCCAAAAACCUUAGAACGCCUCACUGCAGAGGUGAAACCUCAGGCGUUGCCUCCGAAGGUAGCCAAGACAGGACCUGAGGCAUCCCAAACAAAGAAUGCACUUCCAGGUGCUGUGACUGGUACUUUAUUGCCGAAGCAUGUGAGCCAUGCAGUAACGAAAAAGCUUGCUGGCGGGUUGCAAAGCAAGAACGCGGCAAUUUCGCCUCCGGCGCCUUCAUCAGAGAGCACUGCAUCUGCGCCCGAACCUGCUGCAGAGGCUGCGGAUGCGAAGGCCGGUGGCUUAGAGGCGACUUCUGGGGCAUUGCUGCCCGAGGAAAUCCCUGCUAAAGACCCCCCGGUGGCAUCGUCUCCACAGGGGCUUCAUAUAUCGUCUAAAGGAAAGGCUGAAUCUGCGUUGCCCAAGAAGCUAGGGCAUUCGGUGGGCAAGGCAUCCCCUGCAAUGCCCCACUCUUCCGUAGACAUACCGCUUUCUCAUGAUUUCGCUGUCUCAGGGGGAGCAGAAGAACAUACAGAAGGCGCGGCAGCGUCCACUGGCGGGGUCCAUGCCGUUAAAGCUGAAGGCCCUGUUGCUACCACAAAGGAGGUAAAGGCUUUGUCGGUGGGAGGUCCCAAGAGGUUACCUGAGGACACGAAGGUCCCCGCACCACCGAAGAAGGCGCCUUCAGUGGAGCCCGUAUUGGUGCCGGAGGGAAUUCAGUCAGAGUCAGUGCAGCUGAGGGUAGCACAACUCGAGGCAGAGGUGAGAACAUUCAAAUCAAAGGCUGAAGCUGCAAAAAAGCUCGAGAUUGAGAUUGAGCGGAUGCGGAGGGAGGUUCUUGCUGGCGAAGAAGCGCGGAAGGCGCAUGAGAUUCUUCAGAAGGAGAUGGAGGAACUACAGAGGAAGCUGACCGAACUGCAGACCAGGGCGCAAAAACGUGCAGAGCCUGGGAGCGGAAAUGCAUUAGAAGAACGUGACAUGGAAACUCUGCGGGCCUCUGGAGACCUCCAGACGGUGUUGAAGGAGCGCGACGAGCUUCGGGACAGGGUGCGAAUAUUAGAAGAGAAAUUAGUUUCUACCGGCGCCAAAACGCAGUCUCAAACGGAGCAUCUGCUUGAAACUGAGCCUCCACCAGCAGACGUGCCACGGGAAAGCCUGAACAGCGAAGAGCCUACACAGCCGCUGCGGUAUCCAUCAAAGGAACAGAAAGCUGAAAUCGCCAAGUUGCAGGCUGGUGGUCCUGUUUCCGCCGAUAUCGCUGCUGAGUUAAGGAAGCGGGAAGAGGACCUCAAGGCGAAAACUGCACAGUUAGAAGAGGUUAGAAAAGAGUCUCUUGAGAAGGACAAAAUAAUAAAGGAAAAGACCCAAGAAGUGGAGGCGCUAAGAGCUAAGCUGGAAACGCUACAAAAGGAGAAGAUGGACGCAAUUAAGGACAGCGUCGGCCUGAAGAAAGAGCUUGAGAAGCUGCAGAGGGAGUUAGAGGCUCUUAAGAAGGGGAGCUCGGCUUCUCAAGCCUCUCCUCGGCAG